GUAGGCUCCAGCACCCCCGCGACCCUUGUGAGGAAAAGCGGUAGAACAUUAAUGAAUGAAUCACUUGCCGUUUUCUAUCUAUCUGGUUAGCACUGCAGUCUUGUUGUAUACUAGCCUGUGUUCCUAAAGAUCCCUCAGUGAUAAAUCUCUUAAACAGACAUCUCUCAGUAACAUAAACAUUUCUCUCACACUAUUAAGUAAGUGCUGACGCGUGUGUGAAAGGUGACAGCGUUCCUGGCUUUUACCUACCAACAGUUGUCAAACAAGGACAUUAGUGUAUAUAGGAGAAGCCGGGGAGUACAGCACAAUUAAAGACAAUAUGGGCAGAGUGACAGUUUAUAAUGGAUGUCUUGUAUCCAAUUUGACAUUAUCUUAUUUUCCAUCUAAGAGCGUGCUUCCCACAGUCGGAGCCAAACAGCUUUCUUUGUCAUUAUUAAAACGACAGCUGAGAAAUUUCUCCAGCCUCGUGUCGUCAUAACAAGCGGUAAGCAUGGAAGGCAGUGAACGACUAUUCAAAAAGGUCAUCCCGGCACUCCUCCUUCAUGUGGCUAAACAAGUGUACAUCUCCAUAGAAACCCUCCUUGGCAUAUUUUGUGUAUAAGAUCAUGUAUUUUUCAAUUACUAGCUCAUCAAAAAAGUCCCUAUUUCGCAAUUUUAACAAAAGUGGAAAAACACAUUCCUGGAUCUGCACCAUUAGCCGGAUCCACACCAAAAUUUUAUGGGUUCCUCUUGGACUCAUGCGCCACUCCUCCUCUUACAGUCUAAUAGCAAUAGCUUACAUAGUAUUUGUGUAAUCCCUCCCCUCCAAACAAACACAUAAAUACACGGUGAUAAAAAGCACAACAUGCCUAGUGAGGUGAUGAGGUCAUAAGAAUGGUUUCAUAAACAAUACACAAUGAGCUUAGCAACCCGUAACAGACUGUUUCAAGUGUAUUUCAAUGAAUAUAAUUUUAACUACAACCUCAAAGCUGACAUUAAACUGAGAAUUGGAACCGACAUCUGACAUUCACACGUCUUUGCACACAAUUGUCCAGCAAGUGUCCUCAUUUCCUGAUGACAGCAUGAAGUCAGAAUGUUUCAUGAGUGGUCUUCAUUAGACCAGCAACGAUGCAAGGAGAAAGAUGAUUCUAGUGCUGUGGAAAAAACCAUUCCCAAUUUUAGAGAGGCCUUAAUGCUAAUUAGCUGUGUUUGUACACACCUCUGUCCAACAAUGUGUGUAUCUCCAGCUCUAUUGUGCAUUUUAUCCACUUUUUACGCUUUAAUGAAGGCAAUUAACUCUAGCUAGCUAGCUAAUAGUUAGGGUGACAGCCAGGCAAAAUGUAUAAAGCAUGCCAGAAAUGUCGAGUGUUGAGUGAUUUGUCACUCCAAGAUCUAAGAUUACAGGGUCCAUAUAUGCUGGCAUCAAUGGUUGACUGAAUUUUUUUUUAAAUAAAACAUAAACAAAGGUGGGUGGGAGAUUCAAAUCCAGGUCAUCAGAUCUCCUGACUGUGUGGCCAACAUGCUACCCACUCAUCCACUGUAACCCUGUUUUAUGAUUAUUCUUAAUAGUAUCGUUUGAUUUGGAUAACGUCCGUUUCGGUUAGAGUUGGACCUUGUACUCUAACCAAGGUUCCACUAUUGGUUGUUGUUUUCACCAUUUCAGCUUUUUGUCAUUGUGCUUUUUGCUGUAGGCCAGGCUUUGGGUACCGUGCGUGCCUGGAUAGCGGUGAGAUGUACGGGUGUGUUCAGUGGUCAAAAUGUGUGAUUGUUGGUCACUUUCCGGGAGAGGAAAGCACUGUUGUGGCAAAGGAAAUGAUUUUUCUUUUUGUGUUUCUGGCAGAGCGCUAGGACUGAUUUAAGCAAUUAGCUGGAGAAUCUCGUCCAAACAGCCAGAGCCAGACGCAAUGGAACUUGGCUUUAUUAUGCAUUUAAGAUUUAUCAUCAAUAUAGGCAGACAUAAAAAUAUAUGUGUAUUUCAGCAGCUGCCCGGAUGACUUGAAUGUGCCAUUGUUUUUAAGAAGGACGUUUAGCUGCCUUCCAAGCUGCCUGCUUAAAUAUAAAUGUACAACUAGUUAGAAUGGCGGCACGGCGGAAGAGUGGUUAGCGCGCAGACCUCACAGCUAGGAAACCAGGGUUCAAUUCCACCCUCGGCCAUCUCUGUGUGGAGUUUGCAUGUUCUCCUCGUGCAUGCGUGGCUUUUCUCCGGGUACUCCGGUUAAUUAAUUAAUUAAUUAGUUAAUUAAUUGGCGACUCCAAAUUGUCCAUAGGUAUGAAUGUGAGUGUGAAUGGUUGUUUGUCUAUAUGUGCCCUGUGAUUGGUUGGCGACCAGUGCACGGCUUACCCCGCCUCUCGCCCAAAAUCAGCUGGGAUAGGCUCUAGCAUACCCCCACAACCCUAGUGAGGAUAAGCGGUAUUAAUUUAGAAAAUUAAUUAGAAAAUUAAUUAAUGAUUACGGGACAAAUACGUUGUCCUCGGGACUGUUGACAACUCGACUUACAGCUCCCACAUUUCUGCGUGACGGAUAGGCUUUAGUAUGUAGUAGUAAUCAGCUUGGGGCUGCACGGCGGACGAGUGGUUAGCAUGCAGACAUCACAGCUAGGAAACCAGGGUUCAAUUCCACACUCGGCCAUCUCUGUGUGAAGUUUGCAUGUUCUCCCCGUGCAUGCGUGGGUUUUCUCCGGGUACUCCGGUUUCCUCCCACAUUCCAAAAACAUGCUAGGUUAAUUGGCGACUCCAAAUUGUCCACAGGUAUGAAUGUGAAUGUGAAUGGUUGUUUGUCUAUAUGUGCCCUGUGAUUGGCUGGCGACCAGUCCAGGGUGUACCCUGCCUCUCGCCCGAAGUCAGCUGGGAUAGGCUCCAGCAUACCCCCACAACCCUAGUGAGGAUAAGCGGUAGAAAAUGAAUGAAUGAAUGAAUAGUAGUCAGCUUGUGUGCCAUCACUUGAGUGUACAUUACACAUUAAUCACAUAACAUGAUGAUCCAUUCUCUCCUUUUCUUACAUUGUUUUCACUUCAUACAUGUUGCCCCUCCUAAAACUAUUUGCUCGCCAAUUCUCUCCCAUUUCACUCAUGCGCUCCAUCACCCCCUCCCACAUCUUCCCCCGCCCACCUUACCGCCUACUCACUGUAUCAUCAUGCCUCGGUGACUGAGGUGGGUCUAUUUCUCUCUCUGCUUCCUCCUCUCCUCUCACUACUGCAUCUUAAGAUGAGGUUAACAGCACUGUGCAUAGGCGGGACCCUGCUGGCCUUCUCCAGCCUCUCAUGGAUGUCUUUUGGAGACGCACUGGGGACCGAGGGAUUCAAUCCCUGCGCCGCCACCCUGACGGCUGGAUGGCCGUGCAGCUCGGGGCAGGCUACUUGCCCUUACGUCCUGAGCCUGCCGCAGUUGACUGUGCACUUGCCAGAGAAGCUGCAAGAGCUGGAGAAGCUUGAGAAGGAGUUGCAGACGCUGAAAGACGAUGUGGACCAGUUGAGGAAAAUGUGCUUAGACUGUGGCGAGAGUGAAAGAGGGUGUGUGGGAGUCAGAGAGGGCAAAUAUGAUAAGGGGGGACCCGCUGAGAUACUUCAGGGCACAGACAGAGAUUUAGGAUGGAUAGAUAAAGCAGACGUGUAUUUGGAAGGACACAAGGAAGAAAAUCGCAGGAGCAGGAAUGGCGAAAUCGUCAAAGAAGGAGUACUUGCUGAGGAAGUACCAGACGGUGGAAAAGAGAUUACAACUAAAACUAAUGAAACAAAGGCGGGAAAGACACAAACUGAAGGAGGAGACCGCCGUGAAGGGAUCAAGGACCACGGGAGGCAUACAAGCAAGGAUCAAGGACAGAUCUGGGAUGAAAGGAGAAAGGAAAUGGAAAGAGGGGUAAAAGUGGAGGGAGGUAAUAAGAAACCAAAACAGCCUGAGAACAUUGACCUCAAGUCCAUAAAAGAAGGUGAGGACGCUCAAGGAAAGAGAAUCCAGAAUGUCCAGAGAGACAGUGGUGGACAAUCCAGCACUGCCACCGAAAGGACAGACUUGGUUGGAAUCAGCCCGAGUCCUGCGUCAACUUCUACUCUACAUGACGUCCCAUUUGUUGAUCCAGGAGUGACCCAAUCAGCUUCUGUUGCACCAAACCUCAUUGAGACCGUGAGUAUGACUCAAUCUAAAACAACAAGUAAUCUUUUGGAUAGUCCAAAGACAGACAUAAGCAUGACUACUCAAGGUUCAGCAACUUCAAGUUCUAUCAUUUCUCAUCACAACCUCCACACAACUAUUUCCCCUGAAGCCACGGAGCACAGCAGGUGGCCAGCCCAGCCUGCUAUAAAGCAUCUCCCAGGCCUAAAAGCCAAGCCCGGGGCAAAACAUAAACUUGGCAACGACAAGACAAAGGAAUCUAAGCAUGACCGUAAACCGGACAUUAAAACAAAACAAGAGCAAAAGCAGAAACUUCACCAGAAACAUAAAACUGGCAAUUACACUGGAAGGAUCCAAAUCCAAAGACAUGGUCAAAGAGCAGAUAACUGGACGAAUGAUCAGAACUUAAAAAGCCUAAAACCCAAACAUAUUCAAGACAGGACGACUCAACUACACCAGGUACCAACUGUUGUAGACCAUCAAAGACCUGCCACUGGCAAAGAACCAGAUCCACCCAUAUGGAAUAAAAACUCUAAACCUCACAAAAGACCCGUUCAACAGAAGCCAAAACCUGACAAAAGAACCAAAAGUGAUGCAAAAGAUAAAUUAAACCAGUUUUUGUCACCUGAUCAGGAGCCAAAUUUGGAACUAAGUAAGUUAAUCAGCAAUAUCUCUGAAGGGGGUCAAAACCUGAUGGAAUCGCUUCAUUCAGAGUCUCCUCCUGAGCCAAAAGACCCACCAGGACACGUAUUUAGAGUUAAUCCUUAUCAAAGACUGAAAUCCAGCCAGAAAAGCUUUCAUAUUAACACAACACAGGUGCCCAAACUUAACCAAAAACUGGUUAAGCCUAAAGCCAGCCAAGCAUUUCAAACCAAUCAAUGGCUUAAAGAGCCUCGGUCAGAUGUCACACUUAAGCUUGACCACCAAUCUGUGACUGAUCAAAGUCCUGCUUCAGAAUCCAAGGGGGACAGACCACCCAUUAGACCUACGCCGGAGCCAGAAACAGCAACCCCAAAGCAGAACAACACCAAACAUGUUAGUCGGACUAUUGACCUGCAUCCUACUUCUGGUCCGAGGCAACUGAUUGCUGAUGUGACUCAUUCCCCAGAGUUAAAACAGACUUCAAAUAGCUUUUCGGUUCUCCCAGUGAGCCCAAACAGCAGGAUGAUGUCUGAUCUGAUUCCACAAGCAACCACUCAAUCACCAUCGAUACCAACGUCAACAAGCCCAGUCACACUCCACAAUGUUAUUCCUAACAACAAUCCAGAAUCCUCCAAGCCAAAGGCUACAUUACCUCACAGAGCAGACUCGAAAGCACCCCUCCUAAAGACCUCAACAACAGCCGCCGCCAGCACCACCUCUGACCCGGAACCCCCAGGUGCAGAGUCGUCAUCAUCAAGUGCCCGUGAGCUGCGCGUGAAAAUCAACCAGGUGGUUGCUGCGUUCUUUAACAGCAGCCUAGGUCCUAAUGGAAGAUCACCAGAUAGGCCUCCUAAAAAGCGGCCUGAGGACAAGGAGGGAGGAAGCAGGACUGCCAGCGGGUCACCACUGCUGAUACCAUCUCAGGGUGAACUUUCUAUGAAGAGAGACUGCUCGGACCACCUGCUCACAGAGGGGGUAAGGAAGAGUGGAGUCUACCAUGUGACCCCUGAUGUCCUCCAUGGCAGCAGCAGCAGCUUCCCAGUCUUCUGUGACAUGGAGCUUCAUGGUGGAGGAUGGACCCUCUUGCAGCUCCGGCAGGAUGGUAGUGUCAGUUUCAACCGUACCUGGGCAGAGUACCGAUCUGGCUUUGGCGAUCUUCUCAAUGGAGGGGAGUUCUGGCUUGGAAACCAACAGAUUCAUCUGUUGACCCGCGACAGGGACAUGAUGCUGCGGGUGGAUCUUCAGGACUUCUCCGGGGUGGUGGGAUACGCAGAGUACGAUCACUUCAAGGUGGCGAGUGAAAGGAUGCGCUACAGGCUGACAGUGGGGGGUUACUCCGGCACUGCAGGAGAUGCUCUUGCGUUCAGCUCCAGUUACGACCACAACAACCGGGCCUUCACCACCCCGGACAGGGACAAUGACCGCUACCCUUCGGGCAACUGUGGGGCUUACUACAGCUCUGGCUGGUGGUUUGAUGCAUGCAUGGCUGCAAACCUGAACGGCAGGUACUAUGUUGGCAAGUACAAGGGGGUCCGGGAUGGGAUCUACUGGGGGACCUGGCACAAUAUCUCCACAGAGCUGUAUCCUACAAAUGAAAGACAGUCUUUUAAAACAGUCAGGAUGAUGAUUAGACCAAAGGACUUUACGCCAUGAAGAGUUAUUAGUAAUUUAAGACAUGAACUUUGUAUACAUACUUCAACAGUAACGCCAUAAUACCGUACGACCCUCCUACUUUAACGCAAUGGUACCCCCUAGUGGUAAUUAUGCAAUAUACACCGUUUGUUGAUAUAAUAUUGAUCAUUGAGGAUGUAUAUAGUGUUUAUAACUUCAUGGGACCUUUUUAAUAGUGUUAAUUAGUGUUUCAAUAGUUAACAUAUAUUAGUAAUAUAUGGUUAGUGAUCAGAUGAUGGUUGAAUAAAAGUGUUUGGA